CAUAAAUGUUUUUAACUUUCAUAGAAUUUUCUACAUAAAAGUAAUGACUAAUAUGUGACGAUGGAAGUUCCUCCUAAUGAAACACCCGAACCAGUGAAAUCCUUGUUUGAUUCAGUUACAGGACUGUUAGCAGCAUAUGGAUGGUCAAUUUUGUUUUUCCUUGUUAUUGCAAAUUUGCUUUGGAGUCAUUUCUAUCCAAAAUAUAAAAAAUGGAGAGAGAAAGUAGAGGAUCAGGAAAAAGAAGCUGAGUAUGAGCAAAAUCCUGAUCUCAUAAUAUCAAGACAAGAAGCCUUAGCCUUGGCUCGUCAAAGGCUUCAAGAGCAACAUGAUAGAUUAGCUCGAGAAUAUGCGGAGAAGAUGAAAGAGAAAGAAGAGAAGAAAAGGAAAGAGAAAAUUGAAGCAUAUGAGAGAAUGAUGCAGGGCAAAUCCAAAUCUGUCCAGCCUCAAACUCUAAGGGGAAGCGAUUAUAAUCCACUAACAGGUUCUGGUGGUGGCAGUUGCAGUUACAGACCUGCUCGACAGAGAGGUGGUGGUGGAGGAGGAUGAGGUUAAAGAUACAUGUAACUGUAAUCCAUCCCUCUUAUUCUUGAAGUGAAGUGGAUUCCCUUUGGGAUGGAUUUAUGUUACAUGUCAGAUUACAUUUUCAGCUGCAAUUAGUUUUUCUUCCACCUAUGUGUAAAGUUAUGGAUAUUAAGCAAUACUUAUUCUUUAAAACUGAAAUAUCUGUUAAUAUUGUUGGGAGAAAAACAUUAUGAAACGUUUAGUCUAAAUGGUUUUACCAAGACUAAUAGUGGAUGAAUAGCAGUUGAGAUGUGCCAUAUUGCUUCUGAAGGAAGUAUCUGUAAAAGAAAUUGUUAAUAAAUGUAUAAAAAGCAA